GGGACCGCCGCAGCAGUUUCCCCUGUGGGCACCGGGCAUACGGAGCGGGGACGUGGGGACAUCGGGGAAGCACUGCGGGACACCUGCCGGCCCGCCCCGGCCCGCCCUGCAGUGUGCGGAACCGCGCCCGUCCCGUCCCACCGCGUCCCGGGAGCGGAUCCGAGCGGAGCGAUGCGGUGCGGUGCGGCGCGGGCUCAGGUGUGCUCUGCUCCGUCCGCGCGGCCGCCGGGCGUGGAGCCACCAGGAACUGCCCCGGGUUUUCCUGCCCGUCCCGUCGGGGCGCGGGGCCGGAGCGGGCGCGGCGGGGCGCAGCCCGGGGACCCCGGCCCGGUAUCGGUUCUGCUUUCGGGGGAGGCGGCGAUUUCGCAGUAACGGGGGGCGGGUGCCACCUGCCCCGGGGAUUCCCCACCUGCCGCCGCCCCAUAAAAGACGAUGGAUCCGCCGGUGGCCGCACUGACCCGAUCGGACCCGCCCGGCCAUGGUCCCGCUCCGCCGCCUCCUGCUCGCACUCUGCCUGCCGGCGAUGCUGCUGCCGCCCGCGGUCCCGUUCCCGGCUCCGAGAACCGACUGGGCCGCCUGCAGGGACCUCUCCCAGCGGCUGUCGCGGCUGUUGGGGACAAUGAAGGAGUCGCACCGGGUGCUGGAUGCUGUCCGUCUGGGUGGAGAGGAGGACUCCGAGGGGGACUGUGCCCCCCGCAUCCGCUGCAGUGAUGCCUGUGACCCCUCCACGCUGGACACAAACAGCACGCUCUGCCUGCAGCGCAUCCUGCAGGGGUUGCAGCACUACCAGGCCAUGCUGGGCUCCGACAUCUUCGCCGCACGCCCGCAGCCAGAGCUGAAGGCGGUGCUGGAGGAGCUGCUGGGCCUCGUGCAGGUCCCCAUCCGUUCCUGCCAGGCCCCCCCGCCCCCCCACGCAGACCCCUGGGCCCGGCCGCUGCUGCAGCACGACACGCUGGAGCGGCUCCGCUCCUUCACCGCCGUCAUGAGCCGCGUCUUCACCCACAGCGCCAGCGCCCGCUGACCCCCCGCCCCCCCUUAAUUUAUUUCUUAUUUAUGUGCCGCGCUCCCUAUUUAUACGGGGUAUUUAUGGGUUUCUAAUAAAGG